GCGCCACCAGCUGUCUGAGAAACCAAGCUGCAACAAGAUCAACUGUUCUCAUGAGAAACACGUAUUUUGCUAAAUAUGAGCUGAUCAGAGAGUUGACUGAAAAUUUGGUGAUCAAUGCUGCCGGGGAUGGCUGUCCUGAUGUUAACUUUAGUUACUUUUAUCUGCUGGAUAAAUCUUGGUAAUGUAAGUGGAAAUGAGAGGAUUUACUCGGACAACAUCACUCUCAUUUUGGAUCGACUUUUGGAUGGUUAUGACAACAGACUGCGACCUGGAUCUGGAGGUGGUGUUACCGAGGUGAAAACAGACAUCUUUGUCACCAGCUUUGGACCUGUUUCAGAUGUUGAGAUGGAGUACACUAUGGACAUGUUCUUCCGUCAGAUGUGGGUUGAUGAGCGUCUUAAGUUCGAGGGCCCGAUUGAAAUCCUGCGGCUGAACAACCGUAUGGUGGACAAGAUCUGGAUUCCAGAUACGUUCUUCAGGAACUCUAAAAAGUCCCUUUCCCAUAACAUGACCACACCCAACAAGCUCUUCCGCAUCAUGCAAAACGGGACUGUCCUCUACACUAUGAGACUGACAAUCAGUGCAGAAUGUCCGAUGAGGCUGAUGGACUUCCCCUUGGAUGGCCACGCCUGUCCUCUCAGGUUUGGAAGCUAUGCCUACACGAGCAGUGAAAUUGUGUUCACCUGGAGAAAGGGGCCAAUAGCAUCUGUCGAGUGUCCCAAGGAAUCCAUGAGUCUUCUUCAGUAUGAUCUGGUGGGACAGACUUUGUCCAGUGAGAUAUUCAAAUCGAAUACAGGUCACUACUCUGUGCAGGUGAUCCAUUUCCUUCUCCAGAGGAAGCUCGGCUACUACCUCAUACAGACCUACAUCCCCCUCAUAAUGGUCGUCGUGUUGUCACAAGUCUCUUUUUGGAUUAACAAGGAGUCUGUUCCUGCACGUACAGUUGCUGGCAUCACCACAGUGCUGACAAUGACCACCUUGAGCAUCAGUGCCCGUCAGUCACUUCCCAAAGUGGCCUAUGCCACCGCCAUGGAUUGGUUCAUCGCUGUGUGUUUUGCCUUUGUGGCCUCGGCUCUCGUCGAGUUUGCAGCCGUGAACUACUUUGCCACCCUCCAGGCCCGCCGUCUGAAGGAACAAAAAGCCAGACAAGACAAGCUUGAGGUUCUGGCUACCGGCAGCGACGAUGACGACACAGUUUCGUCGGACAGCAGCCCUCAGGAAGGCCUGAAGAGGAGAAACCACUCAGUGUGCUGCAGUGAGCCAGAAGAUGCUCCGCCACUGCCGAUCUUCCUCCAGCAGGGCUCGGCUUUUCCUCAAAUCCCGCAGCUGGCCGGCACCAGCCCCAUCGACACGUACGCCCGUGUCCUCUUUCCCCUGGCCUUCGCCCUCUUCAACCUCAUCUACUGGUACAUCUACUUGGUCAAGGACACCAUGGAGAGUGCCAGGGACAUGGAUGCUAGCAGCUAAGAGGACCUGGAAAAGGCUACAUGCAGCCAGAGAGACCUUCAGCAUCCAGCCAGCCUCACCUCACCCUCCUCUCUCCCUCUGUGAACAAGCUCUCAGCGUUGACUCUGCUCCCAUCUGACAGAGGAAAUUAAUCAGAAACUCAUUUAUUCUCCUGCCGCACAUCUUUUCAUUUCACAGGCUGUGACCACUGCCCACUUCUGUUCUGAUCAGCAGCUGAAGAGCUGCCCUUCACAGGCCUCAGUCACUUUAAACCCGCCAUGUACACACAACAACUUUUUGGGCCCCGGACCAGGACAGACACCACACACAUACAGUAUGCAUGACGCUCAGACACACACACACACACACACACACACACACACACACACACACACACACACACACACACACACACACUCAAAAAACCAAGAAACAGAUCAAAUAGAAGUGGAUGAUAUAAUCUGUGAUGGCUGUAACUGGUGGUGAUGCAACAGUGAACCAAUGCUUUCAGAAGCCUGCCCUCUACAGAAGCACAGCUCCCACUACAACAAGAUCAAAGGCAAUUUAGAGGAGGCUCGCAUCCCUCCUCGCUGCUUCAAAAAUGUUCUCAAACCUGAGAAAAUGAAUCGGGGGUGCUGUGUUUCUGCUGUGGCGCGCUGAUGCUCCGUUUGCAUUUUCAGAUCUCCUGCAGGUCCUCUGGAAACACUGCAGGGAAGCCAUGGGAUAUAACGCCCCUGGGUGUUGCUGACAUUCAUUUUCUCUUUUUUUAAUUUAUGGGUGAUGCAUGACUGUCAGGCACAGAUGUUUGCAUAUAACUUUAUAUACAAACAUCUGUGCCUAACAACCUGUUAUGGAUGGAGUGUUGUUCUCUUUUUAGCCACUUAAGGUGUCUAAUAACGUGAACACAGAAGGUAUAAACUUGCUCUUAACUUGACAAUCUGACCAUUUUAACUCCCCAGUGCAACCAGUUGUUUGACCUUGUCAGGAUAUAAAGAAACUUAUCUGCCAUGUACUAAACAUAUA